UUCAGGGUCCCGUUAAUGAGGAGGUUAGGUCAUGAGCUGAAGACCAGGAUGGUGUUUCCUCCAGGUUGGUGGAGGACAUCUUGUAUGUUGGAGUAAAUGUGUGCGUGCUUGGGUGGGUGACUGUGUUGUAAAGUGCUUUGGGGGGUUGUAGAACCGUAGAAGGCACUAUAUCAAAUACAGGCCUUAGCGUUUGGUAGGAGGCUGUUGAUCCAAACUAAGAGGGAACUGUGCUGAAAACCAUAGUUCUGGAUUGAUCAUCUAUUGGAUUAGGAUUAAAUGAAACAGAUCCCGGAUCCGAGCAUCUGAAAUGAAGCCGGGUUCGAUCUUUUAGAGGUCAGGAGAGACGUGGGGUGUGCAGUCCCUUUACAGAUUAAGUUUUCAGAUUAGCCAGGAAACCAGAGCAGGUGGGGAAUCUGGCAUAACCACGUUUGUGAAUAAAAUAUUUCAGAAUGAAGAUUCCUGUUUUUCAGGCUUACUCCAAAUAAAAUGUUUAGUAAAGCACAAGGUUAUCCUUUUAUAGAGAUUUAGUAGAUAAUUCAGGUUUUCCACAAGUCUUGCAGCAUUAAAAUGCAUCAUCUGUGGUUUCCAGGUCAGAUUUACAGGAAGAACGGGUUUGUUGAACUCAUCCGAAGGAUAAAUACCAGGAAGGACUGUUUUCUUCCAUUUCAGGAGGGAUGGGGAAACGCAGGCGUAAUCAAAUUUCACUGUUUGAAUCUAUUUAGAGAAGAACUCCUCCUGGGAACUAAAUGUUCAGUAACUAAACGUAUCAUUACAUUUAAGGACUUGCCAUCCCAGAGCAGCUUUUGGAGAUCAGCAGGUGUCGUGCAUUUAAUGUUAUUUUAACGUAAUUAAAGGGAUGAUAUGUUUUAGAGCAGUGGAGCUCGUAUUUGAUACGGACGUCUUCCAGUUUAAAGAUGCCACCAUUAUCAUCCAGUAGAUGAGCAACUGACCGUGGAUGCUAAGGUUCUGUUGUUCCAUGAUGGUUUACUGGUAUAAAGGCAUCUUCCAGUUUAGUCGGACCUGUGGAUGAAAGGCUGAGAGCUGGACGGGGAGUCUGGAGAGCUCAAAGUCACAGACCAGCAGAAGUCCCACUCAUUUAACAGUUCAGUUACACCAAAAACCACAUUCCUUCUUUAUUCUUUAGAAACGGUUUUAGCCAUUUGAUUUCUAAUAAACGUUCAUAAUUUCACAGUCAGUAGCCUUAAUGCCACCAUUUUCAAUAGAUUUUGAUGCGUCGUGUUGAAAUAAUGUUUCUUCCUCAAUCUAAAAUAAAAAUGUAUUUUAUUUCCUUUUAUCGGGAUUUUGGAGUCACAGCUGAUUACACCGGAUAAAUCAGCCUAGAGAGGGAUCCAACGUGGGUUACCAUACGUCUUCCAAAGGUCGUCCGACCUCUCUGCUGCCAUCCGUUAAGGGGAUCGUUGCUUUUAUUGGUUGUAAUUUCUACAUUUUUCAUUCUACUUGAAUCUAGAUCUUUAGUGAGCCAGGUGCCCGAAACUUUAAUUUCAUGUUUUACUGGAAUGCCAUACAGAGAAGAGAAAUCAGCGUCAUGAUUACUCAUCACUUCACAUUUGCUUGAAUUUAGUUGUAAACCAGAAGCAUCACAACGUUCAGAGCCAAGAGAUCUUUAUUUUACAAAAACUGGGCGGUGUCAUCCGCCAGCUGGCUGAUAAUCCAAACGCGAGUGUUUAUACCUCUAACGUCUGACUGAGUAAUGGUGAUAUUUAGCCGUUCUGUUGCUAAAAUGAACAGUAGGGGCGAGACACCGUGACCUAGUCUAACCCCUCGUCCAGGACGGGUAGCCUUAUGGAGAGACUCUGAGCUGUUUGUAUUUGCGUACAACAUUAAUCAUUGAAACUAAGUUGUGACCAAAUCCUCAUUUUUUAAGUGUGCUAAUAAUAAAUUUGUGCUUGAUCAAGUCAAAGCGUUACGGAAACCUAAGAACAUCAUAAAGCUAUAGUCCACAAGGUCCAUGGCCAAACAUGUUGUUAUGAACUGAUGACAUCCAAAUCAGAGUUCAGUCUUGAUGCUCAAAUGUUGGUGAAAAUCUUUUAAUCAGUAUUUAAUUGUAAAAUAGGUCUUAAACUUUCUAAAUAUUUUUAUCUUUUACCAAAUUUGGUAUCAAUUUUAUUCAGUUCAAUUCAAGUUUAUUUAUAAAGCACCAAGUCACGACCAGUCGUCUCAAGGACCUGUACACAGUAAUCAACACAGGUCAGGUCAUUAAGUCAGUCAGUAAUAAGUUUCCUAUAUCAGGAACCCAGCAGGUCGCAUCGAGUCACUGACUAGUGUCAGAGUCUUUACAGCAAUCCUCAUACUAAGCAAGCAUUAUGAUUACUUGUUUCAUCGUUUCCAUCAUUGGUUUUGUGUUAUACAAGUUAACAACGCAUUAAAAAGUAAAUCAUAAGCUGUAUAGUUGUAGCACCUUUCACAGGCAAAGUGCUUCACAACAUAAACAUUUCUACUCUGGUGUGAGAGGGAGCCCGUCCAUGCAGGGCUCAGAAAACCAGAACCAAGAGCUUAAACUUGAACCUAAAAGACGCAGGCAGCCAGGGAAGUUCCUUUAGGCGGGGAAAUGUGAGACCUAGCAGGCAGGAUUGUCGCUGCAGAGCUCUGCACAACUGCAGACAACAAUGUCGUGUUUUCUUCACUGUGAGGUGCCUCCGCUUGAAAAGACCAGACUUUGGAUUUCACUCAGAAGGAUUUAUUUUGAGCAGUACUAAGAUCAGUUUGGGUUCAGGAGUCAGUCUAGUGAAACACAUUUAAAUAGCAAAAAAAUAAGUAAACACAUUGUAAAUAAAUCAUGCAGAUAAACUUCAAAUGCAUUUAGGCAGUACAGACCACGGUAAGUACACCACCAAGAACAUCUGAAUAUAAUAGAUUUUAUUAAGUAUCUGCUGAUAAUUCAGAGAUGGAUAAUUGCACAAUAAAACAAGAUGACACAAAGACGGGUUUUACUGCACAAAAUAAUUAAAUCAGUUUUUGGUCUGCGCAGUGGUGCAGUGGUUAGAGCUGUUGCUUUGCAGCAAGAAGAUCCUGGGUUCGCUUCCCAGCCCGGGAUCUUUCUGCAUGGAGUUUGCAUGUUCUCCCUGUGCAUGCGUGGGUUCUCUCCGGGUUCUCCGGCUUCCUCCCACAGUCCAAAAACAUGACUGUUAGGUUAACUGGUCUGUCUAAAUUGUCCUUAGGUGUGUGUGUGUGUGUGCAUGAUUGUUUGUCCUGUGUGUCUCUGUGUUGCCCUGCGAUGGACUGGCUCUCUGUCCAGGGUGUACCCCACCUGAUUGCCCAUUGACCGCCGGAGAUAGGCACCAUCCCCUCCCGACGACCCUACGUCGACAUGCGGGUUCAGACGAUGGAUGGAUGGAAAUCAGUUUUCAACCGUGCAUAUUUUGAAUUCUUCAUUAGAAUAUUUUAAUAAUGGUUGUAAAUGGCAGUAAAUGUACUGCACCAGAGCGCUCGCUGUCACUUGUGGCCGACAUGUAGAGCACACAGAGGACCUAUCUGCGGAAACGCAUUGGCGAUGUGCAGCGGAGCAUGCAGGAAAUGGACGAGAGAAAUAGACAGGGGGCAGCUUCACCUCUGUGGUCAGUGCAACACCUCCGACUGGAUCUUUGCGCAGUAAUGCCUGGAAAGAUCACACUUAGGUGGGCUGGUCCCCGAUUUGAUCUUCGACAGGUAGGAGGACCGCAAGACGCCGGGCACCCCGAUGCAGAAUGGUGUUUAGCUCAGGAUCUCUGGUAGCAGAUUUUGGCCUGUUUGCUGAAAUGGACUUCAGAGAGACCCUCGCACGCACAUCUCAAACGACACCUCUGGAAUCGGGAUUCACACCAAUGCCUUUUGCAAGUUUGAUCUGCCCUCUUAGUGAGUUUUGGUCAGAGCCAACAGCAACGUUUCUUUCUGCAGUAUUCCACUUACUGCGAGAGAACAAGUUUGGACUAGCGAGUUGGCUCCAGGACCUCCAGAAGUUGUUUACUGUAGUUUGCAAUUCAUUGAGUCUUUUGAAGGUGUCGUUUGUGUAGUAGACAGUUUUAACGUCCCCACUUUGUGUUGCUCGACCAAGUAACAGGUUGUCCGGAAAAAUGUACGGAAUACAUUGUUCUUGGCUUUAAACCCUGGCAUCAAUGGGUCUCUCAUUGGCAGCGUUGGCAGCUAACUGGAGGGCUGUAAGGAAUUCACUGAAGGUAAGCCCUUCUACAUUACCAAGACUUUGUAGGGUAACUCUUGGUAAUUCUGACAGCAGCUUCAGCGGCCCCAUGUCAGUGUGGCAAAUUGGCGGGAAGGAUUUUCCACAUCCGGGUCACCUCAUUUUUGGCAGCAUAUUCUUCAAGUGACUGUUUUGUUGUCUCAGGUACAUUUACAUCUCUUUCAAUACAGAUUUUGCACCAACAAAGUUUGUGCCAGGAUCCAACCUGACUUUUCAAAUGGCAGUGGGCGUCUUAUACGUAAGCAGAAAGCUCUCUGUUGAAAGAGUGUUUGCUAGCAUGACAUGAAUGGCUCGGCUUGCCAUACAGCAAAACACGACUCCCCACACUUUCAUGGUUACUCUCCUCUUGAUGUCAUCUUUCACGUGGUAAGGUCCAGGCCUAGACCUCUCCAGGUAAGUCUCCUGUUAUCUACCUGCAUGUUCUUGCCUUUGCUGUCUUGCAGAUGAUACAUUUUUCAACAACUUUUUGGGCAGUAAUUCUUCCUCUGAUGACCAACACCUUCUUUCUCAUCCGCAGUAAGAUUCCUGCCACUCCAUCGUGUCCCUCGCUGUGUGCUUCUCUGGCAAUGAGGGUUGAUAACCAGGCUUGGAAAGGUAGAAGGGGUCUUCCCUGAAGGUUUGGACUCUGCCAGCACAAACUUGAAGUCCACUUGUCUGGACUCUCUAGCCUGUCCGUUGUGGUGCUCGGGAAGUUGACGCCCUCCUGUGCUGAUAGGCAAAGGUCUCGAAAUGCAUCUUGCCUCUCAUUAACUGUAAGGACACCCGAGGAUGGCAUUACCUCCCACUUUUCUUGAUCUCUAGUCUUGGCACUCAGGAAUUUUUUAGCCACCCUCCAGAGCCACGCCAUGGUCGCAACCAUCCCUCCCAAGUUGCUGAAGAGCCUUUUGUCCACUACUUGUCGAGCUGUUGCUCCUGCCGGUGGUCUUCUAGACUUUUCAAGCGCUGGAUCUUGAGCUGCCUUGAUGUGGUUUCUGGUAAGCACUGCAACAAAAGCUUUUUCCGGACCUUUGUGACUUUAUCUCGAGCCUGGGCAAUGAUGUCCCUGGCAGAUGUCUUUGGCCACUCGUCAUCAAAAAUUUGAAGGAACUUUGGACCCAACUGCCACUCGGAGUGCCCGGUGAGGACGUUUGGACUGGCCCCUCUGGUGAUGAUGUCUGCGAUGUUUACUGGCCCUGGAUUCCACCGCCAAUCUUGGACAUUGGUGCUACUUUGGAUCCCGCCAACAAGAUUUGCAAAGAAGGUCUGGAAGCCAUAACUCUCACACUGUAUCGCGCUCAGAAUGGUCUGGUUGUCGACAAGAUGGUACAAUUUUUUGACCUGGAUUUGGCAGUGUUUCUGGAAGUUGGCCUUCAGCCGGGCUGCGAAGACAGCGCCGCACAUAUCUACUUUCACAGGAUCGCCUUUGUGGUCAAGGGGUGUAGGGGUGUUAGUUUACCUUUGGACUCAACUAGUCUCGCAACAACACCAUGACUGCAGCUCCAGCGAAGGUACAUCACCGCAACAUGUGCAUGCUUACAGACGUCAGAAAUGUGAUGGCACUGGGCUCUGCACAGGGUUCUGACUGAGUCAGGGCUCUGGUGAAACGAAGCUGACUCAGGUCGGUACACUCCUCCAGAAGCUUUGCCAGUUUGGUUUAGUGCUGUGGCCAUCUCCGGUUGAGUACGUCAGACCAUCUCUCACGAUCUCCAUCUCCCUUUCCUCUGCGAGUGUAAUUUCUUUACCCCCUUGCUGGCAGUUUCCACAGUGACAUCCUCCACAUCUUGGUUGGCAAGCAGCUCCAAUACUUUCCCACCUCCACUACUUCAGAAAGUCUUUGACGCAGGUGGCUGUGCUAAACUGAUUCUUGUGGUUAUCAGGAUGCUAGCAGGAAGCUGAGUUUUUAGUGAACUCUCGAUACUUCACUGCAGCAGGUCUCAUUGAUCUUGCAAAGUGAGUCUUGGAGGUGUGGGCCAUCAGGAUGACUUCCUCAAAGAGUUGUGGAUGUGUACCCUCGACUGUCCUACCAAGUAGACCGUCCCAGAGUACCAGGUCACCGAUGGAGCGGACCUUUUGGGGCACCAACUUUGGGAAAGCCUCCUCUUGGCUGCAUCCGACCAGGGUCGCACCUUGACACUCACAACCUGCACAGUGGACGUGGGUCCUUAUGCUCAAGCUAAAACGACCUUGUCGUCUGUGCUUUCAUUGACCUUUCAGUUAGUUGCAUGUUGGUGCGUCAUCUAGUGUUUGUGAUUGACCUUGAGUCUUUUCCUUUUCUGUUUGGUUAAGACCUGAUAAUUCGCUUUGAGCUCAUCAUUGACCUCUAUGGGUUGAAUCUCUGGACUCGGUUGACUCAACCGCUGUCCAUGAAGGUCCCCCAAGACCUCAUUUCUUCUUGUGGUGUUGUGAACAUCAACAACAGCGAUGACCAAGUGGCUUGUCGUUAUGGUAUUUCUAUGGUCAGUAAAAGGUCUAGCGUAUGUGUUGUCUCUGUGCUCCCUGCGACAGCUCGUCCUGUAGCGUGUUCUUCACCUAAUAUGGGGUGGUUGAAGGUCUCCCUGACCCUGCACCAUUACAACAUUACAGGCUGACCCAGUUAUUUCUGGCUGCAUUCACCUGCUAACCGAGAGCCCUCUAAAUUCCAUCCCAGUGCGGAGCCCUCCACAGUCCGCUCCUGCGUCAGUCUCUGGUCUCCAUUGACCGAUAUUCUAGGUCUCUGGUCCACCUGAACUCCCCUAAAGGAUUAUCAGGAACACCACACCAACACGGUGUUUGAUCCCCUUCCACCUUCAGAACUGCCUUAAUUCUACGUGGCGUUGAUCCAACAAGCUGCUGAAAGCAUCUUUAGAAAUGUUGGCCUAUAUUGGUAGGACAGCAUCUUACAGUUGAUGGAGAUGUGUGGAAUGCACAUCCAGGGCACGAAGCUCCUGUUCCACCACAUCCCAACGGUGCUCUAUCGGGUUGAGAUCUGGUGACUGUGGGGGCCAUUGUAGUACAGUGAGCUCAUUGUCAUGUUCAAGAAACCAGUUAGAAAUGAUUGGAGCUUUAUGACAUGGUGCAUUAUCCUGCUGGAAGUAGCCACAGAGGUUGGGUACAUGGUGUCAUGAAGGGAUGGACAUGGUCAGAAACGAUGCUCAAGUAGCCCGUGGCAUUUAAACCAUGCCCAGUUGGCACUAAGGGGCCUAAAGUGUGCCAAGAAAACAUCCCCCACACCAUGACACCACCACCACCAGCCUGCACAGUGGUAACAAGACAUGAUGGAUCCAUGUUCUCAUUCUGUUUACGCCAAAUUCUGACUCUGCCAUUUGAGUUCAUUAAGCCAAUCAGUAAAAAGUUUCCUAUAUAAGGAACCCACUUGGUUGCAUCGAGUCACUGACUAGUGUCAGAGUCUUUACAGCAAUCCUCAUACUAAGCAAGCAUGCAGCAACAGUGGAGAGGAAAACUCCCUUUUAACAGGAAGAACCCUCCAGAGGAUCUUGGCUCAGUAUUAGUAUAACUGGACAUUGCACUCUAGUGCACGAGUACUUCUCACUAAAGCAGAAGGCUUAUCUCAGUUCAUUUAUGCCUCCCAGUCCUUGUAUGCAGACAAAUCUAUAAUUACAUCUGCAGAUGGAAUGCUAUCUGAUUUCAUAUGGAAGAACAGAACUCAUUAUUUACGUCAAUCCAUUGUCUUAAAUGAAGAAAAGGAAGGUGGUCUAAACGCUAUAGACUUUGACUCUCUCAAUAAUACAUUUAAAAUAAAAUGGAUUAGAGCCUAUCUUAAAAAUCCAAACUCUAUAUGGAAUUUUAUUUCAACCUAUGUUUUCUCAUAUCUAGGCGGCCUAGAAUUCACCCUCCUAUGCAACUACAAUAUCUCUAAAAUACCUAUCAAGCUAUCUAAUUUCCACCAAGUUUUAUUAGCAUGGUCCCUUGCAUAUAAACAUAACUUUUCUCCACGCAGAUGCUUUAUUUGGAAUAGCUGUAAUAUUUUGUACAAAAACAAAUCCUUAUUUUUCCAUAACUAGUUUAAUAAUGCUAUUCUGAAUGUUUCUCAAUUACUUAACAAUGAAGGCUGUUUUUAUAGAAAAAAAGUAAAACAUUUCAGUAACCUUAAAAGAACAGCACUGCAGAAAACCCUCCAGACCCUAAGCAAACACCCGUAGGCCAACUCUGCUUCAUUACAGGGAAAAUCAUUAAACUCCAAAUUCGCUCCUUACUACAAACAUCUCUCGUUUCAACUCAGUCCUGUGUUAGCUACUGGAACACUUCCUGGCAAGAUCGUAACUGGACAAGAAUAUGGACUUUUCAUUAUCAAUAAAACGAAGGAAGUUUCUUUUUAAAUAAUUCAUAGAUUCUACCCAACUAAGCAUUUCCUUCAAAAAAGAUUUAAUCCUAACAUUAAUAUGCAUUGCUCCUUCUGUAACCUUUACCCAGAGACUACAGUACACUUGUUUUGGGAAUGUUCUGUUACAAAAAGCUUUUGGAGCGAUAUCACUACUAUUUCAAGAACUAUUAAGUUUUAAUUGGGACAACAGACUAUGAUGCACAACACUCCUCCGCUUUUUAUUUUAUUAAUCUGAUUCUGUUUCUCUCAAAGUUUUUUAUACACACAUGUAAAGUAAUGCAUAAGAAUGCUUUGUAUAACCAUUUAGUUGCAAGUUUAAAGACAUAUUUAGAUUCAAUCUCUUCUUCAAAUAACAAAACCACACAAGUAUUUGAAGCAUUACAAGUGCUUGGGUAAUAUGUAAUCUUGCAUUUUAUAUUUUGUUUUCUAUUCUAUUCUUUUCCCUUUCUUUUAUUUAUUUAUUUGUUUAUUUAUUUGCUCUGUUGUUUGAUGAAUAUGUUUUGUUAGUCAAUAACAAUGUAAAUUAAUCUAAAAUAUUCAGGAAUGUUUUGUAACACCUUAAAAGCAGAAAUAAAUAAUCUCUUGUCCUCAGUGAUCCACCAAUCAGCGCUCACGCACGGUGUUACGUAAGACGUAAGCAUUUCCUUCACCUGCUAAAGAAGAGGACGGAUCGGAUGCUCGGCCGUUAGGGUCCUGUUAGGAUGAAACUGCCUUUUGUAGCUAGAAGGUCGCCGUGUAACCUCACUAACCUGGAGAAGAGCCGCGCUUGUGACCAGGAAGUGGAUUGUUUAAGCGGAUUUACCACCUUAGCUGCGGAGGAGCUAACGGCUAACUCAGAACCGUAGGGUCCGAUGGACCCAGCCUGAGAUGACUCUGGCCUGGUCGUAGCAUCAUCACAGCUUCAGGAUGCAGAUCCUAGUGGCCAAACUUCUGGGCCUGCUGGGAUUAUUCACCCUCAUGCUGGCUGGAGUUCUGGUCCCAGUGCGCCUCCUGCUGGUGGACUGUGAGAAGGCUAACCGGUACAGACGGGCUCUGGCUCUGUGCAACUCGUUCGGUGGAGGUGUGUUCCUCGCUACGUGUUUCAACACUCUGCUGCCAGCUGUCAGGGAGAAGGUGCUCAUCGUGUUGAAGCAGCUGAACAUCGAUGGGGAUUAUCCUCUGGCAGAAACGAUGAUGAUGGUGGGUUUCUUCAUCACUGUCUUUGUGGAGCAGGCCGUCCUGUCCUUCAGGAGGGACAAACCGUCUUUCAUUGACCUGGAGACCUUCAACGCCGGAGGCUCUGAUGCCGGCAGCGACUCCGAGUACGACUCGCCCUUCAUCUCCUCACCACGUGGCUCUGCAGAGAGAGGCGGAGCCCAGGGGCACCAUCAUGGACACUUCGCCCCCACUGAGGUGGCGGGGGCGGGGCCCCUGCGGCUGGCCAGCCUAGUUCUAGCUUUGUCUGCCCACUCAGUGUUCGAGGGUUUGGCGCUCGGCCUGCAGGAGGAUGGUGCCAAGCUGGGUAGACUUUUUCUGGGUGUGGCGGUGCACGAGACUCUGGCCGCCGUGGCCCUUGGGGUGAGCACGGCCAAGGCGUCGAUCGGCAUGACGGACGCCACCAAACUGGGCGUGACGGUUAGCCUAAUGAUCCCGCUGGGUGCAGUGGUGGGGAUGGGCAUCGAGUCGGCCCAGACGCUGGCGGCUGGCGUUGUGUCGGCGCUGCUGCAGGGACUCGCUGCCGGAACCUUCCUGUUUGUCACGUUCUUUGAGAUUCUCUCUCGAGAACUGGAGGACAAACGAGACCGGCUCCUCAAAGUACUCUUCCUCAUCCUGGGCUAUGCAGCGCUGGCUGUGCUCAUCUUCAUCAAGUGGUGACAGACAGGAAGUGGAUCGGAACCAGAACCAGAAAUACCUCAGAGCCCGAGGUUCUGAGUCACUCCGGACUGGGCCCAAGCUCGUGGAAAUAUCUUGGAUGUUGUGGUUUUUCCCAAGCCCCCAUAACUCUGCAGCAAGUAUGAAGCCAACAAGGAAGUGGCCGAAGCUGCAGUUCCACCCCCACCCACUAGGGGCUGCAGCAGAAGAGGGCAAAUCCUCGUAGACUCCCGUGUUAAAAAGCCUUUUCACGUGUUUACAGCCUGGUUCAACAGCCGUUUUAGACUGAAUAGAUCUAGUUUACAUUAACGACAACUCCUAAUGACUGAGACCCACGGUCAGGUGACCUACUUAUGAGUUUGUUUCAAAGCAGGCGGGAGGUGCCUUUACUUUGGAGUCGCUCUACCGCGUUUUCCUUCCUGAAAUCAUCUGGGAAACUCCGUUAGCUUUGGGUUAGCAUGUAGCUAGUGCCCCGCAUAUUUCCGACCGUGGGGCAAGAGCUGAUGUAAAAGGGCACGGCGCCCGGCUACGAUCGCAGUGGUCUGAGGCUCCGCUUGUAAUUUAACAGUCCCAGUCCAUGUUGGACCUCCACAGGUGACCAGCAUGACUACACCCUCGCACGGGAGCCAUACCUCGGUGCAAGGAGCCCUUCUUGGGUUGGCUAAGUUAGCUAGUAGCUACACUGGUUCAUUUGUUCCAGCCCUGUUCCAACCGUAACAGCCCCACCCUAGCUCCACCUCUUUUCCCAUUUUUGGAUUGCCAGGGCGUGACGGGACCUGUGACACGGUCAAAAUGGCGGUGGUGGGAACAAAAACGAAUACGCUUAUGGACGUGAAUUGUCCGGUAUAUAUGUUAAUGUUUUUUCCUGAUGAUUUUUCAGAGUCUGACUUUUCUGCUUUUAGGUUUUGUUUCAGACGUUCGUGCAGCUGAGUGACCUCUGCUUGUCAGGGUCAGAGGUCAGAGGGGUCUAGAGCAGGAACUCCUGGUUCUGAGUCCAGACCAAGUUGUCUGUUUUACACUCCUUUCUUUUACCCCCCACCCCCCCCCACCCCCCACCCAAAAAUAUAAAUUGUGAAUUUUCUAAAUGUAAGGAAAGACAGAGAAAACGAACAGGAAAGAGGGAAACCAGUGGAUCCUGAGGAAGGUGGAAUAGGUGGGGAGAGCAGAAUAAAGAGAGAGAGGUGAAGAAGGUCAUACAAAAGCCAGCUUGAACAAGUGAGUCUUCAGCUGCUUUUUAAAGGAGACCACUGAGUCCACUGAUCUCAGGCUCAGCGGAGAGAGGUCCAGAGUCUGGGGGCCACAGCAGCAGAUGAUCUGUCACCUUUGACCUUUAGCCUGGUGCUGCACAACCAGUAGGCUUUGAUCACUGGGCCUCAGGGACCUGCUGGAGGUGUAGGGACUAAGAAGAUCACCAAUGUAAGAUGGUGCUUGUCCAUGUAAGGCCCUAUAGACCAGAACCAGGAUCUUGAAAUGAACCCUGAAGUUGACUGGCAGCCAGUGAAGCUGGAGGAGAAGCGGGGUGAUGUGGGUGUGUUUGGAGGACUUGGUCAGAAGCCGAGCACAGGCGUUCUGAACCACCUGUAGACGGUUCAGGGAGGUUCUGCUCAGACACGUGAAAAGAGAGUUACAGUAGUCUAAGCGUGAGGAGAUGAAGGUGUGGAGAACUGUCUCAAGUUCAGAGCGGGACAGAAUGGGACUCAGCUUAGCAACGUUCCUGAGAUGGAAGAAGGAAGAGCCAACAAGAGAACUGACAUGAGAAUCCAGGGUGAGAGCUGGGUCAGAGGUCACACCAAGAUUCCUGACAGAAGGUUUGGUGUGGGAAGCAAGCUGACCAAGAGAGUCUCUGACUUUGGGAACCAGCUUGUCUGGGGCACAGAUGAGGAUCUCAGUCUUAUCUUCAUUCAGCUGAAGAAAGCUCCCACCAUCCAGGUUUUGAUAGAGUCUAAGCAGGUGUGUAACAGCUGCAGCUUAGACAUCUCAUGGGGCUUAAAGGAGAUGUACAGUUGGAUGUCAUCUGCAUAAAGAUGGUAGGAGAUUCCUUUGAAGGAUCUCAGGAUGUGCUGAAGAGGAAGCAGAUAGAGGAGGAAGAGCAGAGGCCCCAGCACAGAACCUUGUGGGACACCAUGGGUAAGAGAGGUGGUGGAGGACCUAAACUUGGAGACGGCCACAGAAAAGGAGCGCUCAGAGAGAUAAGAGGAGAACCACUCCAGAGCAGAUCCUGAUAGGCCUACCCAGUCUCUCAGCCUCUCCAGUAGCAGGUGACGGUCAACAGUGUCAAAGGCUGCAGUCAGGUCCAGCAGGACCAGAACAGAACAGUCCCCUACAUCACUGUGGGUCAGAAGGUCAUUAGAGACCCUAAGAAGAGCUGUUUCAGUAGAAUGAGCUCUACGAAAACCUGACUGGAAGCUAUCAUAGAUGUUAUGUUCAUCAAGAGCAGCUGUGAGUUGUUUAGCCACAACCUUUUCCAAGAUCUUGGAGAUGAACGGAAGUUUAGAGAUGGGUCUGAAGCUGCUAUGGAGAGAGGGGUCGAGACUCGGGUUUUAACAAGCGGGUGGAUUACAGCGUUCUUAAAGUAAGCAGGGACCUGACCAGAGACCAGAGAAGCAUUAAUUAUAGAGAGCACGCUGGGACCGAUGGACUGAAAAGCACUUUUAAACAAAGAUGAGGGUAAGAUGUGGAGGGGGCAUGCAGAGGUCUUCAUAGAGUUAACUAGUUUGGUUAACUCAGGCAAAGAAACAGGAGCAAAGCUAUCUAGGAUGAAGGGCCUGGUUGGAGUCGGGAGAGGCGGCGAUAAGGCUGAAGGAGAGAUGCUAGAUCUAACCUUAUUGACUUUGUCCACAAAGAAAGACAGAAAGUUCUCACAGUCUGCAACAGAGUGGAUGGAGGCUGUAGGAGAGGCAGGAGAGACGAUGCUGCUGAUGGUGUUAAACAGCACCUUGGGGUUCCCUUUGCUCUGGGACACCAGGUUGGAGAAAUAGGAAACCCUGGCGUCUCUGACUGCAGAGUUAAAGGAUGUCAGAAGGUCCUUUAGGUGCAGCAGAUGGACGUGGAGAUGGGUUUUCUUCCACAAACGCUCAAUUUUUCUGCAUUGGCGCUUCAGGCUGCGAAGGCUGUCAUUAAACCAGGGAGUAGGGUUCACUGCAGGAACUGAUCUGGUUCUGACAGGACAGAUGUUGUCCAGAAUGGAGAGGCAGUGCUCGUUAAACUGAGAUGUUAAGGAAUCUGGGUCGUUAUCAGAAGAACAGGGUUGAUCAAAAGCAGCAGAAAAAUUGCUAGCUGUGCUCUCAUUAAGCAAACGAGAACUAACCAUACGGCGAGCAGGAGGUGGGGACGCAGAAACUGACAAGUUAAAGAAAAUGCAAUGGUGAUCUGAAAUAUAAACGUCCUCAGGACAAACACUGUCAGCAUUUAGACUCAGGGUAAAAACAAGGUCUAUAGUGUGCCCCCUGGUGUGUGUGGGGCCAGAAACAUGCUGGGUAAAGCUGAAGGAGUCCAUAAGGCUGGAGAAAUUUAUGGCAAAGUGAUCACUACCCAGAAUGCAUUGCGACAUUAACAACAAUGGCGACCCACGAGUUGAACUAUUUUUACAAAUUUUAUAAAAAUGAAGACAUCAAGAAGCUUUUUACACCAUUUUAAAAUAACUGAUACUAACGUUUAUCUUUUAAGAACCACAUGGUUUUGUAACCCGGGUUCCUUUUUAGAAUGGACCAGAAUCAGUCCUUAGCAAUGAAGACAACUGGUGUCUCCAUACAACAGAGGCUUUUCUACAAGCUAUUAAAGUCUGUUCGAUACUUAGUCCCUCCGUCGUUUCACUUCAUUAUUACCACUUCUUACUUAGAUGUUCUGAUUUCUUUUUAGGAAUUCAGUAUUUGGCUUGAUGGAAACAUCUGGUGCACAUUUAGUGCCAACUGCCACUUAGAAACCUAAGAAGAAUGGUCUGUUAACCCUGUCAGUCAUCCAGUGAGUCGUGGAGGAUGGCUGCUUUGAGCCAGGAUUCUCUGGAGGUUUCUUCCUGUUAAAAGGGAGUUUUCCUCUCCACUGUCGUUGCAUGCUUGCUUAGUAUGAGGAUUGCUGUAUAGUCACUGACACUAGUCAGUGACUUGAUGCAACCUGCUGGGUUCCUUAUAUAGGAAACUUUAUUUCUGAUUGGCUUAAUGACCUGACCUGUAUUGGAAUGUUUAUUAUGUGAAGUGCCUUGAGACGACUCUUGUCGUGAUUUGGCGCUUUAUAAAUAAACUUGAACUGAAUUGAAUUGAAAACCCUUAGUGAUCAACAUGCUAAAGUCAAAGACCUUCUCCAGUCUGUGUUUGGACCAGAGAAACAUCUGUUCAAUCCAAACAUACAGGGGGCGGGGCUUCAUCAAACAACAUGACUCAGAGCUGUCAUGUCCAGACCAGACCUAGAGAAACUCAUUCAUGUGUUCAUCUCCAGCAGGCUGGACUACUGCAAUGGUCUCCUAACUGGUCUUCCCACAAAAGCUGUGAAGCAACUGCAGCUUGUUCAGAACGCUGCUGCUAGAGUCUUAACAAGAACCAGGAGAACCGAACCCAUCACUCCUGUUCUUAGAUCUCUACACUGGUUACCAGUAAACCACAGGAUCCAUUUCAAAGUGCUGCUACUAGUUUAUAAACCACUCAGUGGCAUGGGGCCAGAGUACAUGUGGGAUCUCCUUCAGGUGUCUAUGCCCAGCAGGGCUCUGGGUCAGCUGGUAGAACCGGGUCAGAACCAAACCGGGUGAAGCUGCUUUUAGCUACUAUGCUGCUCACAGAUGGGAUCAGCUUCCUCGUGACCUCAGAUGUGCCCCAGCUCUAGAAACUGUUAAAUCCAAAUAAAAACCUUCAUGUUUUCAUCAGCCUUUGAGUAAAUGUUCUGAUGCUGCACCUUCUGCGCUGUAACUGCUCACCCUUUCACUUUGUCUCUUUCAUUUUAAUUUUUAAAUCUACAUGUAAUUAGUGUUUUAUUGAGCUGUUCGUGUUGAUUUUAAUGUUCUUGCUAAUGGAAAGCACAUUGAGUUGACUCUAUGUGAAAUGUGCUUCAUUAAUAAAUGAGAACGGACCCA